GUAAAUAAAAUAGGUGGCUGACUGUAAAUUGCGGUAGUUGGUAUUUUUUGUUUUUAAAUUAAAAUGCGAAAUUUCAGUUAAUUUUAAAACAAGUGCAUUAAUUAUUUUCCAUUCUUUAAAUAUUUACUUUUUUGGGGGAAAUGUAGGUGUAUUUAUUAUGCAUAAAGAAUUUAAUUAAUAAUACAGCGUGUAGAUAGCUCAUAAUGUAUUCAAAAAGGUCUAUCAAGUACUUUCAAAUGAGCUUUGACCUGCAUCUAUGAGCUUAAUAUUAUUUCACCUAUAUCUAGAAAAGUGGUCCAGUCACUAUGCCAUCAGUGCAUCAUCAACAAAAUUCUGAAGUUCAGGAGCAAGGAGAUGCUCCAAACCAUCAGAAUGAUACCCAUAAUGCAGUUAACAUCCAAUCAUCUAAGUUAUCAACUUUUUCCACUUAUGUGCAUGCACUAAGGCCAUGGUCUUUCAGUGCAUCACUUAUGCCUGUAGCAAUUGGAGCUGUCCUUGCCUACAAGACCACUGAACAAUUUGACUUUAUCAUAUUUUUCAUAACUUGUCUAACAGCAGUGUCAGUUCAUGCAGCUGGGAAUGUUGUUAACACUUAUUUUGACUACAUGAAAGGAAUAGACAGUCGGCGAAGUGAUGAUCGAACCUUGGUUGACAAAAUAUUGACACCAGAUGAGAUUGUCCAUCUGGGUGUCAUUCUGUACACUUUGGGUUGUUGUGGGUUUAUAGGCAUUGUUCUUCUAUCCACAGCCAAGAUGGAACACUUGGCUCUUGUCUAUUUCGGAGGUCUAUCCAGUUCUUUCUUAUACACUGGGGGUAUAGGAUUAAAGUAUAUAGCUAUGGGGGAUGUCUUAAUUAUAGUAACCUUUGGUCCCCUAAGUGUUCUCUUUUCUUUUAUGGCACAAACAGGCUACAUGGAUUUUUACACCUUAUUUUAUGCUAUGCCAUUGGCAUUGAAUACCGAAGCUAUCUUGCACAGUAACAAUACCCGUGAUAUGGAGAAUGAUCACAGAGCAGGUGUUGUUACCCUUGCCAUACUGUUUGGCUAUGCUGGUUCCCACAUUUUAUAUGCUGUUCUCCUGUUCUUUCCUUAUAUUUUUUUUUCCAUUCUUGGUCUGCAGUACAGCCUUUGUUUUUUGCUUCCACUGAUUACCCUUCCAACUGCAUUUAAGCUAGAAAAGAUGUUUAGGGACCGGACUUUACAAAAAGUUCCCAAGGAGACAGCCAAACUGAAUGUAUCUUUUGGCUUGUUUUAUCUUCUGGCCUGUAUGAUGACCAACAAGGAUAAAUUUCCAUACUUGGGUGUGAUUUGAUUAGCAUUUUUUUACACUGGGUGUUUUUUCUUUAGAAAUUUUUAUGAAUGCAUUUCAUUUAAAGUUCUCAGUUCAUCACAUAUUUAUUUUGUGCUGGAUGUAAUUAGAAAGUUAAUCUUUGUGACUCAUCUGUUUUAUAAUGUAUGAAGGUGAGAUGAAAACAUGCAAGUCUUGCUUUGGUUUUUGUGUGAGACAAAUCUUAACUUAUUAAAAUACUUUUGUUAUUAAAAGAAAAUUAAUUUGAAUUUUCUUUUUUCAGUGUUUUUAAUUGUGCUACUUAAAACAAAAUGCUCUUCCAUACGUUGAGCCCAAAAUAUCUGUUGGAAAUAAAUGUAUUGAUUUUUGUAGAUUUUCUGAUAUUUUUAUAUUCAGUGACAUUCACUUGAAGUAAAUAUUACUGAUUGUAAAAGAUAUUAGCUGAAUUAAAAGCAAUUUCUUAUGAUGA